AUGGAAGUACGAGUCGCAACCACACAGAGCACUUCGUCGCCUCCAGGCGCCGGCAAGUAUCCUCGCCGUGGAAGACGCGAGAAACCAUGGCCACCCUCAAAACAACGAAAGCUGUUGCGCCUCUAUGUCUGCACACAAAGCGAGCGCCUGCCCCUGGUGCGCAUUCUCGAGAGGCUAAAGGAUGGCACUUUUGACCCAAGGCAACGAAAUUCUCACAAGCACCUCAAAAAUCUAUUACCAGACCGUCGCAUCGAUGACUGGCGACCAAGGGACCUCGCAUCCAUGUUGGUUCGAGUGCGCUUUCUCAGAUCAGUCAGGGCCGAGAGGAGGAUGAGGAGGAAGAACCGAGAUCACAGGACGCGCGGCGGCAAUCCAGACCAGCACCACGCCGCCGACACAGAGUGGACAUCACCGACGGGGUUCAUGGGCGGUCGCAUGGGGGGCAUGGGUAUGGUGGACAUGGGGGGCAUGGAUACCGAUAUCAUCAUGAACUUGGACGGAGACUCUCUCGGUAAUCAACACAUCCACCACCACCGGGGCCGUCACGAAUCCGCCCGAUCAUCACCACAAGCCUUGUUAUCCGAGUCGGCCACGGCAAGCCCCGAAACUUCGCAUGCAUCCCAUGCGUCAUGUCAGCUUCACCAGUCACCCGUCGACUCCCCGGAGACCUCGCACACCUCACAUGGGGCCCCUUCGCAUCGGGAGAGGUCGCCAGUUAGGUCCGAAAAGUCCAUGUCAAGUUCUCUCAAGUCAGCAUCCGAAUCCCUUAAAUCAGCAUUCAAGAGGAGGUCAUGGGCAUCAGUGCUUUCGAGUAUCUCGUCGGGUAUCUCCAGUCUGGCUCGUUCUUCGUCAUCGGCAUCUUCCAAGGGGGUUGGCCAUAGCGAUCACGGUCCUACGGUUGCCCUCAGCAAGUUGAGUCGGGAUGAUUUUCUUUCUCUGCUGGAAGAGAACAAGCCAUCGGCAUCAGCAACCAAAGCAAAGGCAACCAAGGCGCUGCAGACCCCCUUGUUCAAGAAGAAACACUCUGCUGUCAACCCCAAGACGGAGGAGUUGAACAAUGCGUUGCUUAGUAUGUGCUGCUCGGCUCAUAUUUCAACCAGCUCUCCUCCUUGUGCGCAUGAGAGACUAUCAAAGGCCAUUGAAGCCCAGGACUCAGAAGGUCAUGCCUUUCACAAGUUUACAGUUACCGACGAGGAGGCUAAUAUGGUCGACAAGUAUGGCAACAUUCUUCUGCACGUCGCUGCCCGAUGGGGCGCCCGUGUUUCGAUUUUGUUGUUGAUUCUGCGACACACUGAUGAUAUCCAGGCAGUUAACGUUCGUGACGAGACUUUCCUCCAUGUGUACGAACCCCCAAGCCACCCAAAGCUAAGGCCAGCCUCCUUCAUCAACCUCGUGCGACAUCUGCGGUCUCGGGGCUUCGACUUUUGCCAGCGAGACGUCGAGAAGCGAACAUUUCUUCAACACCUGGUCCCGAAAGAGACCUUCCCCAUCGAGAUCCUCCAUUGUCUUUUCCGUGAAGUCGGCCACGGGACGGCCCGCUUCCUUGUUGCCAACAAGUGCUCGGCUGACGAACGACUAUGGCACUGCAUCCGUAAGAACCUAUCCUAUCAGUCGCCCAAACUCCACCGCAUCUUCGGCGACGAGCACGAGUUCGUCCGGCGUUACCUCCCCGAAUUCAUGGCGGAUUCCUCCUGCAACAACUCCACCCGCAUUACCAUGAUCUCCGACUCGGACAGUUGGCGCGGCAGCGGUUACACAGGCCGCUCAAGUCGCGGCAGCACCGCCAGCAGCUCCCAAUGCAUCAAGCGAACGUCCGUCAUGCGCCUCUUGUGCAAGAUUGCCUCCGGCCGGGACUCCGAAAAGAACGGGGGCGAGGCAAACCUCGAUCAGCGCCUCGAGACCCUCCUUGGCAUCGGCCCGAAGAUGACCAAGCAGGAUAUCGAAGCCCUCCUCAAUGAGCGUGACACUGAGGGUAACUCAGCGCUGCACUAUGCUGCUGAAUUUGGCAUUGUGGCUGCUGUCAAGUUCAUUGUUUCGCAUGGCGCACAGGUGAACGUGAUGAAUAACUGCGGCAACACUCCGCUACAACUCGUCAAGUACGCGAUCCAAAGGACGGACGUCAGGACGGAUGUGUACAUGGAGGCGAGGUACCUACGAUGCGCCGUGUUGCUAUUGGAGAGGGGAGCAUUUGAUCAAAGCAAGCUUGUCAGCGAGAAGAGUGUUAUCUACCCGUAUGAUGUAUUUGAUGGAAGCGAGAGGUGCAUUACGAAUCUGGUGAAGCAGGGCGUGGCCUACGAGUGUCGGGGAUUGCAUUUGCUAUCUUCAUCAAUAGCACCGCAUGGGCCGGCCAUAUGGAUGGAUGAAAAUGGGCAGGUGCAAUUUGCGCAGCACUUUUAUGAUGAGGAGGGAGGUAAUGGGGAAGGAAGUGGACAUGCGCAUGGACACGGACAUGGACACGGGAUGGGUGGCGGGAUGCCGAUCGGUGCAGGUGGUAUGCCGAUGCAUUUGGAGUUUCAGACUUCGUUUCUUUGA